AUGAAGGGAAUUAAAAUAAAAAAAGCUGAUAAACCAACAUCAGUAAUUUGUUUAACAUGCAUUGAACAAUGUAUCAGCUUUUUCAAGAAUCAACAAGUAAAUAAUAAUGUAUCCAAUAUGGCUGUUGCUAAUUUAUCAACAAGUCAUCAACCAAAACUUGAAACUGAGUCUUCAAACAAUAGUGUUGGAUCAAGUGCAGAUAAAUCCAUCAACAUACUGGAUUAUGAUUGUCUUGCUAAAGUAUUAAUGCUUUUUCCACCAGUCCAAAGAAUAAAAUUAGAAAAUGUAUGCACAAAAUGGAAAAAAGCAGGAUCAUUGGCUUGGUAUGAUAUUAAAGAAAUAAAUUUUAAUGCAUUGCAAAUUCAACAUAUGUUGAAUAAAGAAUUAAUAUUGAAGAAAAUAUUAUUUAGAUGUGGUUGUUAUUUGACUCAUUUGAGUUUUGAAAUAUUUAAUACUGAGCACUCAGAGUUGUUUGAUGUUAUUGAAAAUAAUUGUCGAAAUGUAACACAUUUGUCUCUUGAUAUGAUGAUACAUCCACUUGGUUAUUUUAAUUGGAUAAAGUCAUUAAAAAAAUUACAAUGUUUAAAGGUAAAUGGUGGAGUACCAGAAGGUCUUUAUGAAAAAAUUUUGGCAAUGAUUCCAAAAGAUAUCAAAGAAAUUUAUCUGUUAAUUAAUAAAAAUUCUGAAAUGGAGAAAUUGAGACACACAGCAGUAAAGGCUUUGUUGGAGUUUCAUAAUCUUUCUCAUUUAGCACUUCACAAUGUAUUUAUUGGUAAAGAUUUAAUGGAAGCAUUAUCAUUAAAAACAAAACUUGUUUAUCUUGAUUUAAAAGGAUGUCAUUUUUGGGAAAAUGAUACAUCAAUGUUUUCAAAGCUCAUUAAUUUGGAGCACUUGGAUCUUCGAUAUGUCGAGCAUCUAGAUGACUAUGUAUUUUCAGAUAUUGUAGAAAAUUAUUUAAAUACAAAAUCAGUUGUUGCCCUUGUAAACAACUGUAGAAAUCUUAAAACUUUGAAAAUAUUAUUGUCAAACAAUGUAUCAGCAAAUGCAUUUAAAAAAAUUAGAAAUUUAAAAAAACUUGAACAUUUACAUGCAAGUUCACGUGCUACAGUAGCUUCACCAGUUGAAUUGGGUAAUUUAAUAAAAUUAGAAACAUUGAUAUUAAAUAAUUUCAAUGAAGUUCCACCAGAAAUAUUUAAAAAAUUGGAUAGAUUAAAACAUUUAGAUUUUUCAUUGUGUAAAAAUGUAACUGAUUCAGUUGCUGCUUAUGUUAUUGAUAAUUGUCAAAAUUUAACAUAUUUAUGUUGUUCGGAAACUGGUAUUUCCAUUGAUUUCUUAAAUUAUACUGUUGAAAAGUUUAAAUAUCGCACAAAUAAUAACAUCUUGAUAAUACAUGUUGAUGAAUCAUUAUACGAAGAUUUCGAUGAAAAAGAAAAUUAUUCUUCUGGUUUAAGAGUAAUGCAAGAUUAUCUUUAA